AUGGAAAGGAUACCCAGGGAAAUGGAUAAAGAAAGAAUACAUCCAUUUUGCCCACCUCUGCCCUACAGCAUGAUCAUAUCUGUGGAGAACUGCUGGUAUUUUGGGAUCACCUUCUGCAAAGUCCACUAUAGUUUUAAUCUGAUGCUCUGUUUAGUUUCCAUCUUCCAUCUUUGUUCCAUUGCUGUUGAUCACCUUUAUGCUAUCUGUUACCCACUGCAUUAUUCUAGCAAAAUAACUUUUCCUGUGAUAAGGCAAUUGCUAGCAAUUUGUUGGACAGUGCCAGCUGCUUUUGCUUUCGGGAUUGUUUUUUCAGAAGCAUAUGCUUCUGGAAUACAAGGCUAUAAGAUUUUAGUAGCAUGCUCUAGUUUGUGUCCUAUUGUGUUCAACAAAUUAUGGGGAACAGUUUUGUUUACAGUAGGUUUGUUUGCGCCCGGCUGUGUCAUGAUAGGGAUAUAUGCAAUUUUUUUUGUAAUAUCCAAAAAGCAUGCGCGUGUUGUGAACAACAUGCCUGAUGAUGCAAACAAUGAUGUUAGAAGUCAACUUUCCAAGAAAAAGGACAGAAAGGCUGCUACGACUUUGAGUAUAUUUAUGGGGAUGUUCCUAAUAUGCUGGUUUCCAUGUUUCUUUACAUUCUUAAUUGACCCAUUUUUAAAUUUCACUACCACUUUAGCUUUGUUUGAUGCUUUAAACUGGUUUGGUUACUUCAACUCUACCUGCAAUCCAUUAAUAAGACUUUUUUAUUCAUGGUUUCAGAAAGCAUUGAAAUAUAUCUUAAGAGGUAAAAUAUUCAAUCCACAGUCUCAUACAACUAAUCUUUUUUGCUAA